AUAAUUGCACCGUGUUUCGCUCUGUACCGACAUCGCUGUCUCACGGUCUUCGAAAGACUGCUCGAACUUUUUCCAUAUACGUGUCGAAAAGUGAACGGACACUGUGUUAGAACGUCGUUAAUACAUUUCUAAUAAAAAAAGGUCGGAAACUAGAUUGCAGCUGGAAAAUCACGUUGAAAAUGUAUUCCAUGUUGCACGCACGUGUGCGUGUGUUUGACAGCGACCUAGCUAAACCUUGCCUAUCUAAGCGCGGUUGAGAACGUCGCACGUGGUAAUGUUUUUCUGACGCGUUCGCUGUAAAGUGUGUUAUUUACCGAUAACGUACCGCUAAUUAUCGUAAAAUAAGGUUUCGUUCGUGUAACCAGUGUUCAGACCGUCCUUGAAUAAUGCUUCUGUGAUCAGUACCGUGAUCGACGCGUUACAUAACCUAAAAGAUGGUUCGUUUUAAGAACAGAUAUUUGGUAUUCGAAAUAACUCUCGGCGAUAACUACGAUAAACAUUUUCCGCUGAAAAUCACGACGCUGCACGUUGCUAUAAAUCAAAAAGUACAACAGCUGUACGGUGACUUCGGUGUAGCGGCGAUAAAAGCUGGCUUCAGUGCCAAGUACUGCAACGAGCACACGAGGAUAGCAUUAGUCAAAACUAGACACGGACCGCACAAAUUUCUACUAAAGGCUAUUCCUCUGAUAAACGAUAUCGCGAGCCGUCUGGUGCGGGUGAAAAUACUUUACGUGGGAGCAACGCUGAAACAUUGUUUCCUCUAUAUCAAGCGUCACCAGCAAAGGAAACUGGAACGCGUGUGGAACACCUUGAAAACCGACACCGAAAGGAGAAACAUGGAGAACGCUUUGAUGACUCUGGUACCGGGAAUGAAAGAUUUCACGUAGAUUGAAAAAUUGUAUUCUAUACACACGUCUAAUAAAACAAAUUCUGCGAAGCUA